AUGGCAGAAGCUCUUCAUAAAGAAUUGGUGUCUUAUGGGUAUCAAGGUAAAUGUUUUUCCAAACGGCUAUCAGAAACAGAGAAAAAAGACAUAUUUGCUGAUAUUAACGAUGCAGUGGCAAAUCUCGAUUAUUUAAUAGCAACUCCAGUCAUGACUUGCAGUGUAAGUAUAACAAUAGAAAACUUCGAUAUAACAUUUGCUCAUUUUCGCAUAUUAGCCGGUCUAACAAGCAAUAAAGCGUAUCAGAUGUUGCACCGCAUUAGAAAGUUAAAUCAAAAUGUAGUGCAUGUUCUAACAGAUUUACGUGGCAAUAAUUUGCCAACAGACCGUGAAGAUUUACUUCGUUUUAUCAGCUAUCGAUGUAAUAUCGUGGAAUAUCUUGACUUAGAGGAAGCUCAUUGUGAUAAAACACUUACUCUUGAUGGCAAAUGGAUUUUUAAACCAAACGCAUCUUUAGAAACUCAUCUCUAUAAUGCAUCCUGCCAUAAUGCGUCUAGAAAUGAUUUUGUAGAUUUACUAGCUGACUGUCUUAGUGAAUGCGAUUAUGAUAUUAGUGUUGCUGAAGAUUGCCCCUCUAUUGAUUCAAAAAUCACAGAAAAUAAUGAAGGCAAAGAAUUGCUUUUAAAUGUAUAUUCAAUCAAAAAAGUUCCGGAUACAGAAAAGUAUUUAAUGAUUGCUAAUGCUCCAGUUUUGAGUGAUAUCGAAGCUUCGAAUAUUCGAGAAUACUUAGAAAGAGAAGAGGAUAUAGACCUAGCCUGGAGACUUGCUUUACAGAAAUACAAUCUAACAUCUUUUUAUAAAAAGACCCCUGAAGAUAUAACUGAAGAUUUUGUAAAAAAAUAUUUCCAAAAAGAGAUGUGA